GCUCAUUGUUCGGCACAACGACCAAGCACGUAACCGCCAUCUCGGACAACCACCAAGUCGUGCCAGAUCAAACCAGGAAGACUGCCCAGUCUCCGAAAACAUCCAGCAAUUUUCAGGUAAUUGCUGGGUUUAUUUGGCAACAACGACUUGCUUGCCAGGGCUGUGUAUUUGAGAGUGCUUAUUACUCGUGCCCCCGAGGGGCAACGCGCUCGACGUCCAAUAAAUUAACAUUGACUCAGCGAUGUCGCACCGUAUCGCAUCGCUGCCUCUAGGGCUGAGGAUGACCUUGUCAUCUUUUCGCCAGAAUGUCCGGUACUCGUCUCGGUGGACGCAUCACUCGUUCCAACCGUUCUUUUCAAGCGCACGACCUCCACCUUAUUCACGAUGGCAGAAGGUUAUCUGGGUUCUUCCAAUAGCUGGUGGCGUCGCAUUCUAUUACUCGCCCCGCCCAAAGUCUCUCCUACCCGCUAUCUUUGCCUCUCCAACGCUCAUCCCGUGCUCAUCCUCGCAACCAUCUUUCACCGACUCGUCUGGCGAUGCUAUGAUUGCUUCACCCGCAGAACCUCACCACUCAUUUGUUUCGCGCAUCUUGACACUCCUUCGCGAACAUAUGUGGGAGCCUCUAUUGACCGCUCGACGUUUUAUUCAUCUUUUCUACCUGUUCGUGCCUGUCAUCGUCACCAUGCCUAUGCUUCUCAUGGGGAAGCCGGAAAGGAGGUACCAUGGUGAUCGCUGGGGGGCAGUUUGGUGGUAUGGCUUUCUGGUUAGAAGGAUGGAAGCCGCAGGGCCGACUUUCAUUAAGUUGGCACAGUGGGCAGCAUCUCGCGCCGAUUUGUUUCCUUCGAUCCUCUGCAAUAGAAUGGGGGCCAUGCAUUCACACGGAAAACCUCAUUCGUUAGCGCAUACAAAACGUGUAAUAGAGGAUGUAUUCCAGCGGCCAUUUGAGGAUGUUUUCGAAGAGUUCGAUGAGAAACCCAUAGGGACCGGCGCCAUUGCUCAGGUGUACAGAGCUACUCUGAAACAUGAUCUCAUCCCCCCAUCAUAUCUUGGUCCUAAGCGGCAUUCCAAAUCUCCUGCAGCCUCUAUCGCACCUGUCAUUCUUCAAGACCCUCCACCACUUGUUCCCACUGCCUCGGUUGCCAUAAAAGUUCUCCAUCCCCGAGUUGGAAAGAUGAUUGCGCGCGACCUCUCGAUCAUGUCAUUUUUUGCGCAUAUAAUCACUCUUCUCCCUGGUAUGCAGUGGAUUUCACUUCCCGAGGAAGUCGAGGUGUUUGGUCAGAUGAUGUACCAGCAGAUAGACUUGAGACAUGAGGCAGAAAAUCUUCUGACUUUUGAGAGUAAUUUCGCGCCGAGAAACGUACCAGUCACGUUCCCCCGCCCACUCAAGGUAUUCUCCACAAAGAAUUUACUAGUCGAAGAAUAUGAAAAUGCGUUGCCGCUUGAGACGUUUUUGAAGAAUGGUGGUGGGCCAUUUGACGAUCAGAUGGCAACUGUCGGUCUUGAUGCGUUCCUUAACAUGCUUUUACUGGAUAACUUCGUUCAUUCUGAUCUUCACCCUGGCAACAUUAUGAUUAAAUUCACAAAACCCCCAACAACGCAAGAUCUUCUCCGCAACGUCUUUAAUUCACUUUUUGGGGGUCAUAACGGCACUCACAAGCAGCACGUCAUGACAAGCCAGUCCGAGUCUGAUGCUAUCGUCGGUCGCCUGCGCGAACUUCGGCAUUCACCAACAGAGUGGCGCGAGGAAUUGAAGGAAUUAUCGGAAGCAGGGUAUAUCCCCGAAAUUGUGUUCAUUGACGCUGGUUUGGUAACGACGCUAAAUGCUACAAACCGAAAGAACUUCCUCGACCUCUUUCGCGCCGUCGCAGAAUUUGAUGGCUAUCGCACGGGUCAGCUCAUGGUGGAACGCUGUCGCACGCCCGAGCUUGCCAUAGAAACAGAAACAUUUGCCCUGAGGAUGCAACAUAUUGUGCUGAGCGUGAAGCGCAAGACCUUCUCCCUAGGACAGAUCAAAAUAUCGGACAUCCUGACGGAGGUGUUAAAGGCAGUGAGACAACACCACGUGAAGAUGGAGGGCGACUUUAUCAAUACCGUCAUCUCAAUCCUAUUGUUAGAGGGGAUUGGAAGGCAGUUGGAUCCAAGUUUAGAUCUUUUUAAAAGCGCACUGCCGAUUUUGAGGCAGCUUGGUAGACAAAUGACAGCGCAGGAGAGUAUGACGCACCUGCCUUCCGGGAACUUUGGAGCAUUACUGAAAGUCUGGGUGUGGCUCGAAGCACGACAAUUGGCGUCUGCUGCUAUUCUCAACAUAGAUGAUUCUGUAAAAUAUGAUUGGCUUGUUCCGAGCGUUUAAUCAUGGUCGAAGGAUCAUACAUCAAGUGUUGCGUUGUAUCAUGGGUAUAUUAUAUGAACAUUGAACGAACUUAGACGAUGAUUGGCAUAGAGUACACACUGGCUAGUAAAUCACAUAUCACAUAGAUUUAUACAUUCACUAUUCGGUUGUUUUGAUCAUAUGGUGGUCGUUUGGUUACGGUUUGUUUAGCACUUCAACUGGGAGAUAUUUUCCAUUGUCCGAUGAACCAUGAUGGUAAGCUCAGACAACCCAAAGAACUUGCAGUAGUUGUUGCAUGUGCAGGCAAGGAAAUUCCUCCAGUGUAGCUGUGACAACACCAACAAGACACAGUCUUGGGGCACUGGAGCACAACAACAACAACACUCAAUGGAGGAUAAGGAAGUGUACAACCUAUCAAAAGAGGGAGGUUGUCAUACUAAUGUUGGUAUACACUAGAAGAGGACUCGCU